UCAAUGGUGAGCGGCUUGUGGCGUAAAGUGCGUGAAGUGAUUUAGCCCAUUGAUCAACAGUGGCUCAGAGGCGGGUCUCGCAGUAGUGGCGUCAUUCUGAAGGAGCCGAAGAUGGCUCCGCGAUGCUCUACAGCGGUUUGUGUAUGCGUCAACGCUCAUCUGUCAAGACCCACAUUUAUGUGAAAAGGAAGAAGGAAAACUGAAACAGUAGAGGGACAGAGACGCACAGUCGGUGUUAAACAGCGUGCACUGCCUGUUCUGACGGACCAACACCGAGCAGCCAUGGGUUCGUCCACAGAUGAAGAAUUUAAAGAAAAAUUACUAUGGAAUGUGAAAAGAGAGGUGAAGCAGAUCAUGGAGGAGGCAGUGACUAAGAAGUUUGUGCACGAGGACAGCAGCCACAUCAUAGCACUUUGCAGUACUAUUGAAGCAUGCCUGACCCACUUGCUGAAGCGGCGGGCAGCUGGCUUCCUGCGGAGCGACAAGAUCGCCGCCCUCUUCACCAAGAUCGGCAAGGUGAACGCCACGACGGCCGAGGUGUGCUGCAAGGUGCAGGAGCAGCUGCAGCAGCAGGCCGAGAUCACCAGGAGAGCACCGAGCACAGCACAGGAGCCCCUCAGGAGGCAGGGUUCCUCCGCAGGUCGUGCCCCCCAGCCCCUCUCAGCACAGGCCAUCAAGCACAUCUGGGUCCGCACGGCCCUGUUCCAGAAGGUCCUGGACAAGAUUGUGCAAUACAUAGUGGACAACUCCAGUAAGUACUAUGAAAGGGAGGCCCUGAUGCACGACUCUGUGUUUGGACCCAUCCUUGCUGCUCUGCUGGUUGGUCCGUGUGCUCUGGAGUACACUAAGCUCAAGACCUCUGACCACUUCUGGACGGAUCCCUCGGCCAAUGAGCUCGUCCAGCGGCACCGUAUCCAUGGAGCCCACCGAGGACAAGAGUCUUCCCCCAGCCGCAGGCCUGCUCUCGGGAUCCGGAAGAGGCAGUCCAGUGGGAGUAUGACUGAGGACAAGAUUGCUGCCUCGGCGCGGGAGUACGUGGAGUCGCUGCAUCAGAACUCACGGGUUCACCUGCUCUAUGGCAAAAACAAUGUGCUGGUCCAACCUAAAAAGGACAUGGAGGUUUUGAGGGGUUAUCUGUCCUUGCACCAGACUGUAGAAACGCUCACUCUCAAGUGGACGCCCAAUCAGCUGAUAAAUGGCACUUUGGGGGACUGCGACCUGGAUAAGAGUGUAUAUUGGGACUAUGCUCUGAUCGUGCCUUUACGACAGAUUGUCUGCAUCCACUGUCACCAGCGACCGGACUGCGGUGGCACCCUGGUGCUGGUGAGUCAGGAUGGCAUCCAGCGGCCGCCCCUGCACUUCCCCCCCGGGGGGCACCUACUGGCCUUCCUGUCGUGCCUGGAAAAUGGCCUCUUGCCCCGGGGGCAGCUGGAGCCCCCUCUCUGGUCCCAGAGGGGCAAGGGUAAAGUCUUCCCUAAGUUGCGGAAGAGGAACAGCACGGCGCGGCUGCUGGAGAGUGAUGGCGAGGGGGACGAGCAGGUGGCCGCUGACUACGUGUUCCGCAUCGUCUACCCCGGGCAUCGCCACGACUCCAUCACUAUUAACUACCACCACACCACGGGCAGUCGCGCGCCCUCGCUGGACGACGAUGAGGAGGAGGAGGAUAGACUUCACGCAAUGAUCUCAAUGAUCUGCUCGCGGAACCUCACAGACCCUAAUGUCAUGAAAGACCAUGGGGACAUGGCCGAGAUCCCAGGUCUGGGGGGCAGUCCCCUGUCAUGGCAGCAGGGGGAGAGUGCCAGUCACCUGUCGUCAUGCCUCUCCUGCUCCACCGGGGGCAGCAAUGCGUCUUUCGAGCUUCCACCUGGCUGCACCUGCAUGCACGAUAGAAUCCCAUUGAAGAUGCUCUGCCAGAACAUGAAGAGGCAGAUCAUGUCACGAGCCUUCUACGGAUGGCUGGCCUACUGUCGACACCUCUCCACAGUGCGGACACACCUGUCAGCGCUGGUCAACCACAACAUUGUGCCCCCGGAUAAACCCUGCGAGGCAUCGGGUGGCCUCAGUAAAGACGUCUGGAGCAAGUACCAGAAGGACUGCAAGAACUACAAAGAGCUUGAGCUCUUGCGAUUGGUUUACUAUGGAGGGGUGGAGCAUGAGAUCAGGAAGGAGGUGUGGCCAUUCCUGCUCGGUCACUAUAAGUUUGGGAUGGGGAAGAAGGACAUGGCACAGAUCGACGAGAAGAUCACAGCCAGGUAUCAGCAGGUGAUGCGUGAGUGGAAGGCCUGUGAGGUGAUCGUCAAGCAGCGGGAGAAGGAGAUGCAGUCGGCCAUCUUUGCCAAGCUCUCCUCGGGGAGCAGCAUCGACAGUCACGUCCUGCGCCUGGUGCACCGAGACUCUACUCUCAGUAACGAGGUGUUCAUGUCUGUGGACGACCCCGACCCGAGUAGCCAGGACACUCCCGGGGGGAGCGACAGCACCCCGACCCUGACCACGGUGGUCACCCCUGCGGCCCUGGCCCUUGACGAGAGGCCCUUGGUGGAGUUCGACUCCCCGGACUCAGGCCUGCCUUCUUCCAGGAACUACUCUGUAGCCUCAGGCCACUCACAGAUCCUGUCCAGCAUCGAGGAUGGCCAGAGCAUGGAGGACGAGCCCAGCGAGGAGUCCCAGUCGCAGGCGUCCCAAGAGCUGCCCAGCCGCCAGGACUCGCUGACGGAGGAGCGGCUCAGCACUCCCAUGGACAAACCAGAGACCACUGCCUCCAUCCCACCAUCUUUCUCCUCUUACACGAUUGAACUGCUGGACACAGUGGCACUGAACCUUCACAGAAUUGACAAAGACGUACAGCGCUGUGACCGCAACUACCACUACUUCACGACCAGCAACCUGGAGAAGCUACGCAACAUCAUGUGCAGUUAUGUAUGGGAGCAUUUGGAGAUGGGCUAUGUCCAAGGCAUGUGUGACCUGCUGGCUCCUUUAAUGGUUAUCUUAGAUGAUGAGUGCCUGGCUUACAGCUGCUUCACCCAGUUAAUGAAGAGGAUGAGUCAGAACUUCCCUAAUGGUGGCAGAGCGAUGGACACACACUUCGCCAACAUGAGGUCCUUGAUCCAGAUCCUGGACUCUGAGCUGUUUGAGCUCAUGCACCAGAAUGGAGACUACACCCACUUCUACUUCUGCUACCGCUGGUUCCUGCUCGACUUCAAAAGAGAACUUCUGUAUGAGGACGUCUUCGCUUUCUGGGAGGUCAUCUGGGUGGCUCCCGGGAUCUCCUCCAGGCACUUUGUCCUGUUCAUCGCCUUGGCCUUGGUGGAAGUGUACCGGGACAUCAUCCUGGACAACAACAUGGACUUCACAGACAUCAUCAAGUUCUUCAAUGAAAUGGCAGAGCGUCAUGAUGUUCAGCAGAUCCUUCAGAUUGCCCGGGAGUUGGUACACAAGGUUCAAAUGCUCAUCGACAACAAGUGACCUAAGAGUGGACGGGAAGAAACAAGAAGACCGAAAACAAAUGGAGAGGAGAGGAGAGGAGGUUGGAAGGAGAGACAGCUGACCACCUCAAUGCCUCUGCCGAUAACAGACCUCAGACAGUGUCCCUCUCAUGCCCCCACCUGUCUCGCCCUCUCCUACAAAGAGUGUUAACACUGGUGUGUGUCUCUCUCUCUCUCUCUCUCUCUCUCUCUCUCUCUCUCUCUCUCUCUCUCUCUCUCUCUUUCUCUCUCUCUCUCUCCAUGGUUCAGAGACACUGGGACCAAAGCUGCUCUCCUAACCUGCCCAGGAACAGGUAGGGGAGAGCGGGGGGCAUCCCUGAGAGAGGACCCCCCCUCUCCCACAGUACUUCCAGUCUUGAUAUCUAUUGCCUGUCACAGAAUGCCGUGGUGUCAGACCGUUGAGUCGUCUGCAUGCUUGUGAUGCUUGAUCACACUGUGACUGACGUUUUGAAGCUAUCCACACCUCCAGCAGCAGUGUGCAAACACAUACACAAAGCACAUACACACACACACACACACACACACACACACACACACACACACACACACACACACACACACACACACACACACACACUCUCACACACACAUCCAUACACCCAUCCAUACACCCAUACCCAUGCCACAGCUAUCAGGUGGUUUCGAUCACUAAUUUUGUACUGACUAGUAUGCCUAAUAUGAAGGCCAUCACAGAGUUCUAAUGAGCAAGCCAGUGACUGUUCCUCCCCACCCUCCCCCCAGUCCCUCGAUAUGAAU